GAAAUUUUCUCUUCAGGAAAUAUGGCACAGCAACUAUUGCCAUAUAAACUUCAACCUCCAAAGAACUUGUCUGCAUUACAUAAAACAAGUGUCGAGCUUGGAUAUCCCGAUUUUUAUCCUCCAAAACCAGGUCAAGAUGAAGACCAAAUGACUGAGGAGAAUGUACAACAAGGUUUCACUGGCGCUCCCUUUGUGGUACGAGAGUCUAUCUCCGCACAGGAUAUGAUGUUGGAUGAUAUAAGAGACCCAAAAGGUCUUGAGAAUCUCGGGGAGUUCAUGACUGACAUAAUGAGACGUAAACAUCAGAUUAACACUUUUGAAGAAUCUUCUCCAUACACUGUACCACAAAUAGUUUGGAUGUCUGCCGAAAGUAGAGAUGAAUGGUUAAGGAAGCUGGCUGGCAAUAGUCCACUUAAAGAAUUGGCAAAGAGUGUUCCGAGAGUGUAUGAAAGUUCACAUGUCGAAGGAGUAACUUUGCUGGAGCUUGUUACUCAACAUAGAGUUCCUCUUGCACGUGCUACUUGGUUUACCAAGAUAGUGGGGAUUAAUUUAAUUAAUUCAAGAACAACUCAUCAAGACAAUUCUAACAAUGCUACGCAAGAGCACAAAAAAAAUUGGAAUGCAACAUUUCACACCUUUAUUCAAAAACAAGGUCGUGAUUAUGAUCCUGAUAAGUGGCGAUAUAGGCAUUUUGAUGACGGAUUACUUGAUCAACGAAUUCUUAGAGCGACACUAGACAGUUUGGAUAGGGCUGAUCAUUUAAACACCAUUAUUUGGUUGUGGUUUGUUCAACAAUUCUUGGAGGAGUUUCAACGAUCCCGAACGUUAAUGAGGUUAUUGAUAGAAAUUAUCUUAAAGAAAUUACAAGAUAUAUACCAACACCCUGCAAUUAUUCCAAAGCUCGAUAUUGUCAUAAAGAUGCUGAAGAAUAUGCUACAAACACUUUUUCUAGCCACUCCUGAUAUGUUUGUGUUUCCUCUUUGUUGGAACACAUACAAAGACCUCUUGCGAUGUGUUUUUGUUGAAGAUAGUUCUGUUAAAUCAGAUACUGCUAUACCAAAAAAUAUGAAACGACAAAUGGAAAGAUAUUACGAAUUGAUACGUGCUAGGAAUGAGGUAUUUGAUAAAGAAAAACCAGACAUGAUCGGGAAAAGAAAUGCACAAGAAUUACAACAAUCUAGGAUAAUUGAUGUAGGUGUAUUAACAUUAGUGAUCCUAGAUAAAGUUGGUUUCCAUUCUGACUAUCAAAAUAUUACAGCAGAAUACUUUCGUACAAAUAGUAAAUUUCCAAUGUUAGAAAAAGAAGUAUCAACUCAUAUUUACGGAUUAUGUUAUUGGGCUGUAACUAAACAUCGUGCUGGUGAUUAUCGUAUUUACUCUGUAAGCACUAUACUCGAUAUAUGGAAAAACGCUAUGACAAAUGCAGAUGAAAAAUUACAGCGUCAGACUACAAUUCAAAACUCUUUAAUGGAUUUUUUGGAUAUUUAUCCCCUUGGCUGUAAUGGAAUAUGUGAAAAAGAUGAAUGCAAUAUAAUUGCGGGAUUAUUUGGUGAACUUAUUCGCAAUGGACAUUUUUCUCAUCAACGUUAUUUACAACGGUUGAUCGCAAGGGGAGAUGUUCUACAUGAGAGAAGGACAUCAGAGAGAUCAAAAAGGCACCUGAAAUAUGUAAAAUAUUUCCCACUCUUUAAUACAGAACUCCAUCAUUUAAAUCAAAGACGGGUCAUUUUACAUAACGUUAAUUGCAAUAACACUAACGAUGAAGAUGAUUAUGAAUCUAUGGUCAUGAAGAUAAAAGAUAAGCUUCCAUACAUGUUUUUGAGAACAGAUGAUGAGUUAGAUAGGCCGAGAGUAGAUGAUCCAGUUUCUGAUAUGCACUUGGCAUUAAAUUUUGAACAUGAAACAAUAGAAUUUAUGCGGAAUGUGACAAAAUUUUGUCAGAUAAAAGUAAUACAAACGUGGCUUCUCCCGCAAGUGAAAUCCUUCGUGCAAAAUACCCCUAUUGGCCCAAACAAUUGGCGUAAUCCGACACAACCUGGGUCAUCAAUGUUAAAUGCGCGUCAGUUUUCAACAAUAGUCAAAGUUAUUGAAUUUGCAAAAGAUUAUAAUUCAUUAUUAGAUCUUCUGCUGUGGGUUCUUGAAAACUCGAUGGAAAGAAGCCUAUUUCAAUCGAUAAUUGAUACAUUACAACGGCACAAAAUCGUUUGGGAUGCUAUGGGUAAAUCAGAACAAGUGCUUGAUGCACUUAUGAAAAAGAACGAUCAAUUACGUGAUAAGAGGGAAAUAGAAGUAUGUAUAGUGGAAUACUUAAGAAAGUCCACACACGAAUUUAUGAAUGCUAAAAAGGGAAAAUUGGAUCAAGAUAUACAAUCACAAAUGAAGUCACAAUUAACACAAGCCGUAUCGCGUCAUUAUACUCGUUUUGAUGCUGAAGCCUGCAUUAGUAUGAAACAAUUUUUGAGCCGUGUCAAAGCUUUGAAUACAGAUCCACGUUUGUUUCAGUCAGAUGCCGAUGGAUUAUAUAAAAUAUUCGAAUCACAUAUAAACAUUAUAAUUGAAUACACUCGUAAUUACACUGAUGAAAACUCCACAGAGGGUAGAAUAGUUAUUGGAAUUUUUGGUGAUCUAUUUAGAGAUAUUUGUGAUAGAACAAUAGAUGGUCUUGAUAUGGUUUUCAAAAAAUGGAUUAAAAAUAAAAGUCUUACUCGUGCAGAUGAGGAUAGCAUUUUCGGGAGUGAAAAUAAUCUUUUACUGUUUUUCUUUGUAACACUCGUUUUUAGACAUUUGAUUGGCAUGGAAACAAUGUUAGAGAAUCUCUGUGACAAGAGUCUAACACGUUUAGUUGAAAAAUCGAUGAACCAAAAGCAAUUGGAUUCAAAAGAAACAAUCGAAUGCAAGAAUUUGGUGAACCUAUUGAGAUUAUUACUUUUACAAGAUGGUGAUAAUCAUUCUAUCAAGUUACCGUUGGGCACGAUGGAAAUUCAAGUGCUAAAAUCUUAUUGCGAAACAUUAUCUCAUAAUAACGAAUUUAUUGAAAUAAUCUCUGCUGUUUUCCAAAAACUUGCUAUUGUUGAAUAUUUUAUUGAUUCUAAGGAUCCGUUUGUGAAAGAUCUUAUACAAUUAAGAGUCGACUUUUCUAGGAUCGA